CGGGCCGCAGUGUUUUCAAUCGCAGCAAUUACCACGGAAUGUGGUAGCCCGGCUGCUUGGAGCCGGACGGAGGGGGUGGGAAUAAUAAAACGUUAGGCGUGUCGGCGUCCGUUUUUUACGACUUUUAUAACCAUUGAGAAUCGUUGUCUCGCCGAUCCGAUUUCUCGUCGCGCUACCGAAGCGACGACGAUAGCGACGAGCCCUCGGAGUAGAUCGGUUUCGAUCGAAGCGUAAUGUCAAAGGUGCACGUGACUGCGACGCCGCGACGUUCCGAGGAUGCUUGGGUCGUAGACCCGCUACGAUAGCGUAUCCCAACGACAGGUAUAUCGCAUUGAGAGUCGUUGCGUUGCAUCGCAUAUAUGUGCCCGUCGUUUGUCCGCGCGCGAAGGAGGGUAUGCUCUUAUGGGGUAGCGAGCGGCAGGUAGUCUUUGCCGUGGAAUGGAGACGGAGAGCGUGAAAUCCGGGGCUAGCGAGCAUAGCCAUAGCCACCACAGCAGAAGCUCCCAAAAGCACCAUCGAUCCCACAGCUCGAAGCAGCAUCACAGGCAACAUUCUCACCGUACUCCCAGAAGCACUCGAAGUCAAAGGAAAGAAAGACAGAAUUUGGAUACUAACGAAAUGGCUCCGUUUCAAACAACCGUAAACGUACGGGGAGAUAGCGUGGAUAAUAUGGGUCAGGAGGUGAUCGAGGUGCAGAUACUGCCACAGGAUGAGAAUUGGGGAGAGAAUACCACGGCCGUUACCGGCAAUACUUCGGACAGAUCCGAAUCGACCGAGGAUGUAAGCCACUGGCCAAACGAGACCGACGGAUCAUUUGGUUCUAGCUGCAGUCGUUAUGUCGGUCCGGUCGUGGCGAUGAUACUCGGAAUAAGCGCCUUUCUUAGUCCUAUUGCCAUGGUGAUCUUGCCUAAACUGGGAUUUUUUCCUGACUCAACGACGGUGUUGACGAUGCAGCAAAAACUACAGCUACUGUCGUGCAACGCCGAAUGCAAAGGCCAACUGCUAGGAUUAGCCUUCAAACUGGUGCUACUGGGUAUCGGUAGCUGGGCGGUGUUUCUGCGUCCGCGAAUCGCUACCAUGCCGCGUAUAUUUUUAUUUAGAGCAGGAGUGCUGCUGCUAACCAUGCUGUGCAUUUGUACUUAUUGGCUUUUUUAUGUUGUACAGAUCACUGAGAGUGCUAAGACUGCUGCCAAUGGUGAAAUAUCAGAGUACAAAAGUUUAGUAAAUUAUGCAGGUACCCUUGCAGAUACACUGCUAUUUAUACACUAUGUUGCUGUGCUCCUUAUUGAAGUUCGUCAUCUGCAGCCUACAUUCUAUCUAAAGGUCGUUAGAUCGCCGGAUGGUGAAUCGAGAUCUUACGCGAUUGGCCAAUUAUCGAUACAGAGAGCGGCAGUAUGGGUCUUGGAGAGGUAUUACACGGAAUUUCCGAUUUAUAAUCCAUAUUUGGAACGAUUGCCGGUCUCGAAGUCGGGCAGGAAGCAGUCGAGUUUCAAAUUCUACGAAGUCGACGGUGGAGUGACUGGCGGUAUGCAAUCGCGCGGUGGUAGCGGGGACCGAGCAGUUUUAGCUGCGCAGGCACGUCGUCGUGAUUCCAGUCACAACGAACGCUUCUACGAGGAACACGAUUACGAACGACGAGUACGGAAACGCCGCGCGAGGCUAAUCACCGCCGCCGAGGAAGCAUUUGCGCACAUUAAACGCUUACAUUCCGAAGUAGAGUCUACGCCGAACUCGGGACCGAUGGAUCCCAUGGAAGCUGCGCAAGCGGUGUUUCCUUCCAUGGCGAGGGCCUUGCAGAAAUAUUUGAGAAUCACUCGACAACAACCGCGUCAUUCUGUUGAAUCUAUUCUUAAUCGUCUUGCCCGCUGUUUAGCCCAAGAUGCGGCACCACGCGCAUUUUUGGAACCAUUCUUCGUUACGAGCCCGGUGCUAUCGAACGAGAAGGAGAGACAAAAGCGAUCGCAUCAUUGGGCCUUGGUGUGCGAGGGAGAGUUACCCUCGCGUCCAAUCGCUAACGGUUGUGAAUUUCAGUUGAGACAGGGCGAAGUAGCACUCUUGUGCACGGCGCAUAGAUUACCGCACUUUAAUCUCACUGAACAAUUGGCACAUCCUAAAUCGAACAAAUUUCUUCUGCGAUUAAAUUCUGAAACUUCUGUUUAAAAUGCCUGAUAGAAUUCUGGAAAUUCCAUUCUUUAAUUUUCAAUGAAAUUUUGCAAUAUCUUAAAAAACGGGAAUAUAUGUACUUAGUAAGAUUUUUGAUGUAAAUUAAAUUCAAUAGAGAUAAUAUUUAAAAAAACGUAAUUUUUUUUGCGUUGAAAGCGCUGGACUUCGCUUUGCGCAAAAUACAUAAUGUGGUAUAUGCUAUAGUUUAUUUCAUGUGGAUAUAAAAAGAGAAUAAUGGAGACUUUUAUUUGCGCAGAAAAUAUUUAAUAAUUUGAGUGAGUACUGAAUCUCGCUUUAUGUAAAAACUAUUUUAUUCAAUUUAUCGAAAUAUUUUCAUCAGAUUUCAUGAAAAUUGGAAAACCAAUUUUCUUUUAAAAUGUAACCUAUUAUAAAACAAUGUAAUAGUACAUAUUUUUUAACAUGAUAAAUUGGAAGCAACACAAGAAUAAUGUUACUUUAUUUCAUUGAGUUU